AUGGAGAAAAGCAAGAGUCUGAAUUUGGCAAAUCUAGUGCAACUCUGUAUCACCAACAAAGAUCUUUUAGCCGGCAAGGUUCUUCACGCUCGACUCUUCCGUCUCCGCCUUUUCUCUGACACCUUUCUCUCCAACCAUUUCAUUGAAUUCUAUUCAAAGUGCGAUGAAAUUGUCUCUGCCAACCACGUGUUCGACAAUAUACCUCACAAAAACAUAUUUUCCUGGAACGCUAUUUUGGCUGCUUAUUGCAAAACCCGCGACUUGCAACACGCAUGCCGCCUGUUCCUGCAGAUGCCUCAGAGGAAUACCGUCUCACUGAACACCUUAAUCAGCACCAUGGUGCGGUGUGGCUAUGAACGCCAGGCACUGGAUACGUACGAUUCAAUGAUGCUGGAUAGAGUUAAACCCUCCCAUAUAACAUUCGCUACCGUUUUUAGUGCUUGUGGUACUUUGUUGGAUGCGGACUGUGGCAGGAGAAAUCAUGGGGUUGUGAUCAAGGUUGGUCUUGAAAGUAAUAUAUAUGUCGUUAAUUCUCUUUUGUGCAUGUAUGCUAAGUGUGGGCUUAAUGUGGAUGCGCGUCGUGUUUUUAGGGACAUUCCUGAGCCGAAUGAGGUUACUUUUACUACCAUGAUGGGGGGAUUAGCUCAGACAAAUCAAGUCAAGGAAGCUUUGGAAUUGUUUAGACUCAUGUUGAGAAAAGGGGUUCCUGUUGAUUCUGUCUCCUUGUCCAGCAUAUUGGGUGUCUGUGCAAAUGGGGAAAGGGAUAUUGAUCUCUCAACUAAUGCACAAGGAAGACUAAUUCAUACACUAUCAAUUAAACUGGGAUUUGAGAGAGACCUCCAUUUAUGCAACUCUUUGCUUGAUAUGUAUGCGAAAAUUGGGGACAUGGACAGUGCUGAGACGGUUUUUGUUAAUUUGAACCAGCACAGUGUUGUUUCUUGGAAUAUAAUGAUAGCUGGGUAUGGGAGCAGAUGUAACAGUGAGAAAGCUGCAGAGUAUCUUCAGAGAAUGCAGUGUGAUGGAUAUGAACCAGAUGAUGUUACUCAUAUAAAUAUGCUGACAGCGUGUGUCAAGUCUGGGGACGUUAGAACCGGUCGUCAAAUAUUUGACUGCAUACCAUGCCCAAAUUUGACUUCAUGGAAUGCUAUACUCUCAGGCUAUAAUCAGAAUGCAGAUCAUAAAGAGGCACUUGAACUGUUUAGAAAAAUGCAGUUUCAAUGCCAACAUCCUGAUCGGACUACUUUGGCCAUUAUUCUCAGUUCAUGUGCCGAAUUGGGACUUCUUGAGUCUGGAAAAGAGGUUCAUGCUGCAUCUCAAAAGUUUGGAUUUUAUGAUGAUGUCUAUGUAGCCAGUAGCCUUAUUAAUGUGUACUCCAAAUGUGGGAAAAUGGAGUUGUCGAAGCAUGUGUUCAGUAAACUUCCUGAACUAGAUAUUGUAUGUUGGAACUCAAUGAUAGCAGGGUUCUCAAUCAAUGCUCUUGAACAGGAUGCCUUGUCUUUCUUCAAACAGAUGCGACAACUUGGCUUCUUCCCUUCUGAGUUUUCUUUUGCUACCAUAGUGAGCUCCUGUGCAAAACUUUCUUCAUUAUUUCAAGGUCAACUAUUUCAUGCUCAGAUAACCAAAGAUGGUUUUCUAGAUGACAUAUUUGUGGGGAGUUCUCUAAUAGAAAUGUACUGCAAAUGUGGGGAUGUACAUGGGGCCAGAUGUUUUUUUGAUGUGAUGCCCAGUAAAACUACUGUUACAUGGAAUGAAAUGAUACACGGUUAUGCACAAAAUGGAGAUGGUCACAGUGCUCUAGUACUUUAUAAUGAUAUGAUUUCAUCGGGUGAGAAACCUGAUGAUAUUACUUUUAUUGCUGUUUUAACUGCUUGUAGCCACUCGUCUUUGGUUGAUGAAGGACUUGAAGUAUUUAAUGCCAUGCUGCGAAAAUUUGGAGUGGUGCCAAAGUUGGAUCAUUAUACUUGCAUCAUAGAUUGUCUGAGCCGAGCAGGGCGAUUCCAUGAAGUAGAAGUCUUUCUUGACACCAUGCCAUGUAAAGAUGACGCAGUUGUAUGGGAGGUUGUGCUAAGCUCGUGCCGUAUUCAUGCUAACUUACGCUUAGCAAAAAGAGCUGCCGAGGAACUUUAUCGACUGGACCCACAAAAUUCUGCCUCUUAUGUGCUUCUUGCCAACAUGUAUUCUUCUUUGGGAAGAUGGGAUGAUGCACGUGUUGUACGAGAUCUGAUGAGUGAUAACCGGGUUCGCAAGGAUCCCGGUUAUAGCAGGAGCAUGUGCAAUUAUGAUGCGCAAAUCAUUCUAGAAAACGAACAAUGA